AAACUCCUCUAAUAUGGCUCCGAAUCCAAAUCUACUAACAGCGAUCGAUAAUAAGCAAUGUGACGUAAAUGCAACGCCGUGGUGUUGCCUAAAUAUUUAUCUUGGUGAAAAAUGUUAUUUAAAGUGACCUGAGUGUAUUUAGUGAAAUAUUUUUUUCGAAAUUUGAAAGUCUGCGCUAACAAGCAUGAUUUUCUAUUAAUUGUGUUCGGUACACGCAGAAGGCCACUUCCAUGGUUACCUAAAGUAAACUUAACAUGAACAGUAACGGCAGUCAAAGCAAUGGAGCUGAACAAAUUACCAUGGUCGUGGGUUCACCUAGUGGAAUGUCUGUGCAAUCUGAUGACGAUGACGAUGCUUGUCCCUCAUCACCCGGGUCAGCAUAUGAGGCCAGUACUGACCUUAUGGCGGCUGCAAUGGGUGAUGAGGUUACAGCUCAAUUGGCUGCUGCAGGACCAGUUGGUGUUGCAGCAGCGGCGGCCAUUGUAUCAUCAAAAAAGAGAAAAAGGCCACAUUCAUUUGAAACCAAUCCCUCAAUAAGAAAACGACAACAAAAUAGGCUAUUAAGGAAGUUAAGGCAAACAAUCGAUGAGUUUGCUACUAGAGUAGGUCAACAAGCUAUUGUACUAGUCGCAACACCUGGCAAACCUAACACAAGUUAUAAAGUAUUUGGGGCUAAGCCCUUGGAAGAUGUUAUAAAAAAUCUAAAGGUAACCAUAAUGGAGGAGUUAGAGAAUGCACUGGCGCAUCAGGCACCACCACCAAUACAAGAGGAUCCAACAUUAUUUGAACUUCCUCCAUUAAUAAUAGAUGGCAUUCCAACUCCUGUAGAAAAAAUGACUCAGGCUCAGUUGAGAGCCUUUAUCCCUCUAAUGUUGAAGUAUUCUACAGGUAGAGGUAAACCUGGAUGGGGCAGAGAAUCGACAAGACCUCCAUGGUGGCCUAAGGAACUUCCUUGGGCCAAUGUCAGGAUGGAUGCUAGAACUGAAGAUGAGAAGCAAAAGAUAUCGUGGACACAUGCUCUACGUCAGAUUGUGAUUAAUUGUUACAAAUUUCAUGGCAGAGAAGAUCUGUUGCCAGCUUUUACAGAGGAAGAUGAGAAAGCAAACCAAGCGGCUACAUCAAAUGCAAGUGUCAGUAAUUCUGUGGGUGUAUUAAAAAUGCACUCGUCAGGCAUGGUGCCUACUCAUAAGAUACAGAUCCAAGCUAAUGGUUCUCCCCAAAUUAUCGCUGCCUCACCGGAUGGUUUGUCAGGCUCAUCUACCCAGGUUUGCCUUGACCCCGGCGGCUAUAGCUCAGACGUAGAUAUUACGACGCAGUAUACACCAACGGUACUGCACACCAUAACCAAUCCCGAUGGUACUGUCAGUAUUGUACAAGUGGAUCCCAAUAAUCCAAUCAUUACACUACCAGAUGGCACUACAGCUCAUGUCCAAGGAAUGGCGACUCUUCAGUCAGGGAAUGGUGAUGGCACACCUGUACAUACGAUACAAACAAUAAGUGAAAGUGGAGCGCAAGGAGAAGUGGUGGAUUUGAAUUCGGUGACGGAAGCAACGUUGAACUCCGACGGUCAGAUAAUAUUGACAGCCGAAGACGGACACGUGAGUGGUGUCAUUACCGUUCCGGUGUCGGCGUCGAUGUAUCAAACAAUGGUUGCCAACAUCCAACACCUUCACACCAACAGCGACGGGACUGUGUGUGUAACACCUGUGGUACAAGUACCCAAGGUUGAACCGAAUAACGGGGACAGUAUGGAGACAUUGACGGUGACACCGAGUGGGAUUACCACCCAUUCUAUGAUGAUUCAAGGUACAGGUAAUGACGGCCCACAAGUAUUACAAGUUUUAUCUUUAAAAGAUGCGACCGUUUUAACGAAAGCGAUGCAGGGUAUCGCGGAUGUUAAAACCGAGGAAACUAUAAUAAGUGACCAAUAGAUUUAAGCCUAUCGUACAUCUUAAAUUACUUUUUACUAGCGGCGAAUGAAUUUAAUCGAUUCGUUUACGCCAGUCUAUGUUUUAUUGUUUUUUAUUGCACAUAUUUGUACAUAUAAUAUACUUUUUACAAAAUUUAUUUCUACAAAUACUAUUGGGGUCUUCGUGUCAAGGGGAUAACCAACAUAACGAAAGACUUUCGGUUUUGUUUCUGUGGGCGUAAAAUACCGAGAAAUCAAAAAUGUUCGCAAUUUUUUUUUGAGCCCUAUAGGUGGGGUUUAUGAAUAAAUAGGGACGUCGACUAUAUCUUCCUUUAUCCAUCAACUAAAAUGCAGAUAAAGUUUGUGUGGGACAUGUAUAUAUUUCUCUAAUCAUACCACAUGGUGAUAAUACAUAUUUAUCCUAUUCUUUUCAGCAACAAAAUUUCACUUUUUUUUUUUUAAAUAAAAAGGUACAAUGGGGUCAUUGUAAUAAAGUCUCUACAACUAGACCGUAAAAUAUUAAAAUAUUUUCCAUUUGAAUUUUGCAAUUUAAGUUUAAAAAAAUGGUUAGGUUAACCUAAACCCGUUACUUGUAAAAUAUUUGAAAAGAUCUUUAAAUUUAUUAUUUAAUAAUUUAAUUCGUAUUGUCCUAUUGUUUUCAGUAAUAAAAUUUCACGUUUUUCUAAGUGAAAAUUUUGAUUUUUAAAGGGAAAAAUAGAUGCUACAACAAUGUAGUAAAAUAUUUCACUUUUAAAUUUUCAAAUUUAAAAAAUGAUUAGGUGAAAAUAUAAUUUAUGCCCGUUACUUGUAAAAUAUUUUGAAAAGAUCUUUAAAUUUAUUAUUUAAUAAUUUAAUUCGUAUUGUCCUAUUGUUUUCAGUGAUAAAAUUUCACGUUUUUCUAAGUGAAAAUUUUGGUUUUUGAAGGGAGAAAGGGAUGCUACAACAAUGUAGUAAAAUAUUUCACUUUUAAAUUUUCAAAUAAAAAAAAAGUGGUUAGAUGAAAAUAUAAUUGAUGUCCGUUACAUGUAAAGUAUUUUGAAAAGAUCGUUAAAUUUAUUAUUUAAUAAUUUAUUAUUAAAUUAUUUGUUUUCAGUGAUAUUUUUUCAAUUUUUUCUAAGUGAAAAUUUUGAUUUUAAAGGGAAAAAUGGACGCUACAAGAAUGUAGUAAAAUAUUUCACUUUUGAAUUUUUAAAUAAAAAAAAAAUGGUUAGAUGAAAAUAGAAUUUAUGCCCGUUACUUGUAAAAUAUUUUGAAAAGAUCGUUAAAAUUAUUAUUUAAUAAUUUAAUACGUAUUAUCCUAUUGUUUUCAGUGAUAAAAUUUCCCGUUUUCCUAAGUGAAAAUUUUGAUUUUUGAAGGGAGAAAGGGACGCUACAACAAUGUAGUAAAAUAUUUUACUUUUGAAUUUAAAAAAAAAAUGGUUAGGUGAAAAUAUAAUUUAUGUCCGUUACUUGUAAAAUAUUUUGAAAAGAUCAUUAAAUUUAUUAUUUAAUAAUUUAAUACAUAUUAUCUCAUUGUUUUCAGUGAUAUUUUUUCAAUUUUUUCUAAGUGAAAAUUUUGAUUUUAAAGGGAAAAAUGGACGCUACAACAAUGUAGUAAAAUAUUUCACUUUUGAAUUUUCAAAUAAAAAAAAAAUGGUUAGAUGAAAAUAGAAUUUAUGCCCGUUACUUGUAAAAUAUUUGAAAAGAUCUUUAAAUUUAUUAUUUAAUAAUUUAAUUCGUAUUCUCCUAUUGUUUUCAGUAAUAAAAUUUCACGUUUUUCUAAGUGAAAAUUUUGAUUUUUGAAAGGAGAAAGGGAUGCUACAACAAUGUAGUAAAAUAUUUUACUUUUAAAUUUUCAAAUAAAAAAAAAUGAUUAGGUGAAAAUAUAAUUUAUGCCCGUUACUUGUAAAAUAUUUUGAAAAGAUCAUUCAAUUUAUUAUUUAAUAAUUUAAUACAUAUUAUCCUAUUGUUUUCAGCGAUAAAAUUUUACAUUUUUCUAAGCAAGAAUUUUGAUUUAUAAAAGGAAACAGCAGACCCUACAACAGUGUAGUAUUGAAUUUUCAGUUUAAAUAACAACUAGAGAUUGAGAAAUGAAAAAUAAUGGUUAAGUGAAAAUUUAAUUUAAACCCUUCUGCGAUACUGUUUACAAAUCUUCUGGAUUCCUCCUGCACCGGUUGUUGAUAAAUUAAACUUGCUGACAUUUCGCCAAUCGUUCUGUUGGCCUCUUCAGAACUCAGUUUCAGUUAAGGAGUCCAGAAGUUUUGUAAAUAGUAUUACGGUCGCCUGCGGAAGUUUCUUUGAAAAAUUAACAAGCCUUGUGCAAUAUUUUGAAAAAAACAUUGAAGCUAAUUAAAAUAUGUGGGAAAAAACCGGAAAUCUGGAGUUUUUUGGUUUUGCAAUUGGUUAUAAAAGCCCCAAAUUUCAUAUGCGAUUGCGGUGGUUUUCUGGUACUUGAUUUCGGGGCGCUUAUUGUGGAUUUAUUAAUUUCAUAAUAUUUUCCAUUUAUUGUUACGGGCGAUUUUUUUGAAUUGUGGACCUAUUGUGAGUGAUGAUUUUUUUAAUCUUUUUUUUUACAUUGUUAUAAUUUUGUUGCAGUUGCUUUAGCCGCGUAUUAAGUAUUUUUUUUCGUAGCGUAGAUAAUGCCAUUGAUUGAAAGUUUUCGUACAAAUGGGAGACAGGGCACCACCAAACCUUUUUUAUAUCGAUAAUUACUUGGUUUCAUGCGGCUUAAUUCACAAAGUAUUUAUUUUAUUCUACGCGAAAUGGGUUUAUUUUUUUAUCGAGGUUCGCUAGUACAGGGUGUUCGUUUAUAUUUCGUCACCCACCUACAGUGCUUGUUAAAAAGUCUAGGUAAAAACUUUUUAUUUAGGAGUUGUAAGUAUAAUUUCUUCUCUAUGUCAAUAAAACCCAUUUGAUCGUCGUAAAGAUAAAAGAAAUUAACGUAAUGUUUUUUGAUUAGAACAAACACCCUUAUUUCAAAAUUUUAUAGUUUGUCGGCACUUGAUUCACCCGUUUUUGAAAUACGGAAAAUAAACUUAUUUCAUGUUUUUGAUCUUCUCCCUCACUUAUAUUAUACAUUUUUUUACGGUAAUAAUUAUGGUGAACUCAAGUUUUUUCAAAAACGUCUAUUAUUUUUGAAAUCGGCUUGAAAAAGUGAACUUUAAAAAAAAAUCGAUUCUUAUUUGUUUUUAAAGGUACAAGCUUACAACUUUUAUGUAAAAAGUUUUCGAAUAUACCCUGUAAUAAACUCAGUAGGUUGGUGUCAAAAUGUAAAUAAAAACCUUGUACCUAGUAAUUUUAUCGUUUUAUUUUAUAGUUUACAUUUCAACUAUCCACUUGAAGUGUGCGAAAUAUACCGGUUCCCCUGUAUCAGGGUAUAUUUUUUUCUAUUCCGGGAAAUGAUUUUUACAACAUUUCCUGCGUUUUUUAUUUUUUUUUAUUUCGGGACAGAUAGUUACUUUCAAUUUUUUUUUGUUGAAUUGAAUUGCGACACGACAAACCUAAAAUAAUAUUUUUUGCAAACCAUAAGAAUGUACAUAUAUAUCAACAAGUAUCGUUUUCUUUAAUAUCGAAAUCCGUAUCGAAUUUAUUUAUAAAGUUGCGCUGGAUUUUAAAUUCCGAAGGUUCUAGAGUCGCUAGAGUUGUCCCCUAUUUCGUAAAAACAUGUUUUCGGUAUUUCAUUUUAAUUAAAUCAUUAUAUUGAAGAUAAAUACUUUGUGGGCAUGUUUCAUUUUGUGUUAUAUGGUUGAGGCUUAUUUGCCUUACAAUACAAGAUGGCCGUAGUUGUCCCACACUUCGAGCGUUCCAGUAAUUGUUCCGUUGGACAUUUUUUACUUUUUUUUUCCAAGAAAAUCGUUCACGGGAUAUUUUUUUAGCGGGUGUAAAAUUUAUCCGAUUAGUUAUGGUCUUUAUUUAAUUAGGUAUCCGGUUGUACAGAGAUGUAUAUUGUUUUCUACAAUUUUAGCGGGUUUAGAAUUAUUCCAUUAGUUAGGGUGUUUAUUUGCAUCUGAAUUAGUUGAUGCUGCCAUCAGUGUAUCCAAACUUUUUGUGAAUACCAUGGAAAACUGUCCAAUGCGUUCAAUAAAGCACUGAGAGCGCUUGAAGCUUAACGAUUUCUGGUUUGCACUGAGAAUCUCCCACCUGAUUUCAUGGAUAGGCUUUGUAUGGUUAUAAUCAUUUUUAGUAAAUAUGCAAAAAAGAAUUACGACGAGUGCAAAUGGUCCAUAAUAUGAAUUUUCAGCAUGUAAGUUUUCUUUGGCAUGAAAUUAAUAGUUUCAUAAUUCUUCACUUGUAUUUCGUUUCAUUUUGCAGGGUGUUUCCGUCACAGGGAUGCUUUUAAACGACUGGCACAAAACUCCUUAUUGUAUAUUAUAUAUUUUUGUAUUUUUCCUGUUUCGCCGGAAAUUUCGAAAUGAAUUUAGCAAAAAGUAAUUUUAAAUUCACAAAAUUCCGGUGAUAAAACUCAUCCCUGGGCCGAGUAUUGAAAAAUGAAGUGCUUGUAAAUAUGUAAAAUGGUGUCUGUGCCGUUUUAAAAGAAACACGCUGCAUAAAUGUCUUAAGUUCUUUUUCGCAUAUGACUAAAACUUGCCAAAGAUUAUCAUAGAAAAUGGUGUAUAUUUAAUUGUAUUAUUGACCUAUAAGGCGAAACGAAUUAAACUUUAUUCAUAUAAUCAUUUUUAACAACUACAGUGUAAAAAGUUUGAGGUCCUAAGUGUUAUAUUUUAUGUAAAGAUGGUACUGUUGUGUAGGUAUUAAUUAAAUUGUAAAUUAAAUCUCAAGUGGUCAGUGGAAUUGUUUUCUAAUAUUGUUUUUUUUUUGUGACAUAGUGUGUAAAUAAUUGUCCAAAUACCCUUUUGCUGACAAGGUUCCAAUUGCAUGUAAUUGUUAGUAUGUUUGAUAACCGAUCAUUAUUUUCUACGUACGCGAAAUAUCGUGGCAUUAUGAAGGAAAAAAGCCAUAACAAAAAUACAUUAAUAUUUGCCUUGUACGGGUCUCAACUUUGUAUGCUUUUGCGCGUUGGUUCUGUUAUUAUUGAAAACAAUUUAUUGGCAAUAUUGUUAUACUUCUUCAAUAACAUUGUCAUAGCUCCAGGACGACGAUUUAUUAAGUAUAUUUUUUUUUUCAAUAUAUCUGGUGCACCAUUUAAAAAUGUAAAGUUCUCUUAAGUAAUGCAGACAGUCUAAUUGUAAGGUAAAUUUUCAAAUUUCCCUCGUAAACAAGUUUAAGAAUAAACUAUGUAGCCCGCAAAAGUGUCCAAAAGCUGGACAGUCUCUACAUUAUUAAUUAAUAUUUCACAGGUAGAGUAAAAAUGAAAUACUGAAAUGUUAAGUGAGUUGUAUGUCUGCGAUAAUAGAUACUUCCAUUUGGCAGUUCCCGAGUUCCCUCUUGACUGUUUUGUUAGCUAAAAUAUUCAUUUUGUUAUCUCUGAAUGAAUUGGUAAAGCCAAUUGUGAAAAACGUUGAACGUAAAAUGACCCAAAUAAUAAUAAAUAAUAAAAUGGAUUUUAUGUGACUAUAGCAAAAAUUAUCACUGGUUGAUUAUUAGUAACAAAACAUCCGGGCUGGUUAAAAACAGUUAUAAGAAAACCUUCUUUCUAAUAGAAUUAUUUAAUGUCCAUAACACUAUGGCAAAUAAAAAAAAUGCGUUUUUUGCGUGCCUGAUUUCAUCUCUGAUGCUUUACAGACCGGUGUCAAUCUUUCUCAAAUUUAAUAAUGUGCACUAUUUGAACCUUCUAUAAAAAUAUACAUAUACAGAGACCAGAAUCUUGUUAAUAUUUUCUGCUAUACCUGUGAACGUCGUGCCAUUUUAAUCCUAGCCACAGUAAUUGUGUCCAUAUGUCUGCAAUUAUGGAGCUAUAAAUGACUAGCAUUAGAUAAUUUGAUGAUAUCUAACAAAGUGUAGUGCCAUUUCGUUGCAUAAUAAUAGUAAUAAUAAUAAAAAUAAUAAUAAUAUGCUUUAUUUGCUUCUCGAUAUUUUAUAAAAUAGACAAGGUGUUUGAAAAAAUAUGCGAAACGCUUAACUGGAGAUUUUUCAUAAAAAAAAAAAGAAAAAAGUUCUUAUAAACAGAAAAUUCUUAGUUUCCAAUAUUCGGGGUGGUAAAUAUCUAAAAAAACAGCUUUCAUAUGCUAAAUUAAUCCCAUGGUCGUUAUUUUGAACAGUAUAUUGUGGCUGAAAGGUCCCAAAACUAAAUGUUCAUAAAAAUAUGUCGUAUUGAUUCUCAUGAUUUUGUUUGAAAACGAAGCAAGAUACAAAAACAACUCAAGAAUCACUUUUACUGGCUUAUUCAAAGUAAAUAACAAAAAUAGCGAAAAAAGUCAGUGGUGUACAUUUUGUCUAGUUUCUUCCGUAUUUCUUUUUUUUAUGGCGAAUUUCAAGCAAAGCAAAGCUGGCCAAUCUGGAUAGUAUCCGUUAUCCUAGACAUAUCUAUCUCAGUAUUUUUUCUGAAACUAAUCCUAACCAAUAUUAAAUUUUCGUUAACAUGCAAUAUCACAAUCAAUUGUGUGGAAAUCGUUAGAAACAGCGAAUUUUGAGCCAUUGUUUCCGGUCGAUUGAUAAAAAUUCAUAAUUUGUUUGUUUUGGUUAGUCCAUAAUCGAAAGUAAGAUAUAAAAAGUCGCGGGCUUUGGUGUUUGAAAAGAGGAUCGAGUCUAGCCUUGCAGUUGACUGGGUAUUAAGUUGUGGUAUUGUAGAAAAAUAGGGAAAUAUGAAUUUUUUAGGUAAUUUAAAAAUAAGAGGGGGGAUGAUGUUUGUUACAAACUGCUUCGGGUUAUGUUAAAAACAUUUUGUAAACCGUAUGUUUCCUUUUCUUUCUCAAAACCACACAGGUCAGUAUGUUGCCGAGCGAUGUACAUUUUUUAAAUUUACAAAAUGCCGUUAAGUACGUAUGAUUUGUAAAAUGUCUCUGUUGUAAACACCAAAAUAAAUACAUAAAACAAAUAUAAAGGCGAAUUAAUUAUCAACAGGUGGGCCAUUUUUGUUGCAAGGUUUCCUACCAGUUAAAUUCAUUCAUAUAACACAUGUUUUUUGUGUUUAGGUUUAAUAUUGCCGUGGCUACUCAAAUAUUCCAGUUUCCAAAGCCAAGUGUCAGUUCUUCGGACUUUCUUAUAGUUGAAAAAUUGGUUCUUUGUGAAGAUAGUUUUACCGGAAACCAAUUUUUAUUGGCACUGAUCUGCAGUGCUGCUUGUCCAUUGUGACAAUAUGAAGUUAUGAGGCGAGGUAAGAUUCUCUUUUGAAUUCAAUAUAAUGCCGGUAGUCAAAGUUUCCGUAAGUGGUAUGCUUAAUAGGGAGCCGUUGAAGGUUUCCUUUUCUUCAGGUUAAUGACUACGGUUUACUUUUGUGCCAUUUGCCAUUGAAAUUGAACCAGUGUUCAACCAAAUUUGUAUUUUCCUUUUUAAUAAACCUUUUUA